AUGGCUAAAUCCUCUGACGAUUCCACGAGUCAAUCUGCCUCACAAAGCAUUCAUGCCACUGCACUACGACGUAAGCGUGGCAAUAUCGUGGGUCACAUUACCACGUUUGAGAAAAUUAUGGACAAAAUGCAGAAAUCCGAUAAGCGCGACAUAGGUCUUUUGCGAACUCACUUAGAUAGUAUGCACCUUAUUUGGGAGCGUUUUAACGCGGUUCAAUUUGAAUUAGAAGAAUUAGACGAUUCCGAGAGUCCGCGUCGGUACGAAUACCAUGGCCGUUAUAUAGCCGCGGUCACGCAGGCGAACCAGUUGAUCGAGGGAAGCCGUUCAUCCGCGAUUCCUAGAAGAAACACCACGGAUUCUUCAUCCCCAUCCGUAGCAGCCCCGAUGGCAAUUAAGUUGCCGGAAAUGCGACUCCCAACGUUCGACGGAAAUAUCGAAAACUGGACGUCGUACUUCGAUAGUUUCUACUCCAUGAUCGAUCAAAACGCCGAUCUUACGCCCGUACAGAAGUUGCAAUACUUAAGGUCAACACUGACGGGAAAGGCCGCCGCAUGCAUCCAGUCGCUUAGUACUACAGACGCGAAUUACGCGGACGCGAUCGACCUCCUUAAAGAGAAAUUCGGCUAUACUGUGAACAAUGAUUUACUCGUUACCGCUCAAGUUGGCAUUUUGGACAAUACUCAACGUCCAGUCAACGCUCGAGCCUUAAUCGACACAGGCGCGACGACCAACUUUAUCACGGAAAAUCUCAUUGAACGGUUAAAAAUCCCAAAGAAGGAAUGCUCCAUUCCGGUAGGCGCUCUCAACGCGAUGACAACGAUCGCGAAAAAUCAAGUCAAAGCCACCAUAAAAUCAAAGGUCAACGCAUACCAGCGAACCUUGACAUUCCUUACGAUACCUAAAAUAGCGCAACAUAUUCCGGAUCAGCCCUUUGAUCGGUCCAAACUUAAGAUUCCGCAGAAUAUAAGAUUAGCUGAUCCUGAUUUUCAUCGACCUGCACCGAUUGACCUGCUCUUCGGUUCCGGGGUCGCCUUGUCGAUGUUGAGUGUCGGUCAAAUUAGCCUAUCUUCUCUCGAUGAACCCGAUCUCUACCUGCAGAAGACGAGGCUAGGAUGGGUUAUCGGGGGGAGCCCACCAUCUCCCACACAAGGUCACGGCGCCUUGUGUCACGCAACGAACACGUUGCAAUCCGACAUUUCACGGUUUUGGGAGAUUGAGGAGGGGUCUCAAUGUCAAAUACUUUCAGACGCGGACAAAUAUUGUGAAGCACAUUUUCAGCAGCAUGUCUCACGAAGGGCUGACGGCCGAUACGUCGUAGCACUGCCUUUUAACGAUAAAAUAAGGCGUCUGGGGGAAUCAAAAUCCCAGGCACAAAGGCGACUAACAUCGUUGGAAAAGAAGCUUCGGAACAAUGCAGCGUUAAAGGAUAAUUAUCACGCGGUAAUGAACGAAUACCUCGAACUAGGACAUAUGGUAAAGGUAUCGGAAGACACAGACGCAAGAGGAUAUUAUCUCCCACAUCACGGGGUGACUAAGAUAACGAGCGAGACGACGAAAUUACGCGUAGUUUUCGACGGCUCAGCAGCCACCAAUACCGGAGUUUCUCUCAAUGACGCUCUUUACGUCGGACCGAAGCUCCAAGAUGACCUGCUGUACAUUCUUCUCCGUUUCCGACUUCACCAGUACGUCAUCACUGGUGACAUCGAGAAAAUGUACAGACAGUUCAUCGUUCGACCAAAAGACAGGAAGUACCAACGGAUACUUUGGCGCGACACUGAUGGCGAAAUCCAAACGUACGAACUACAACGCGUCACGUUUGGAUUGUCUGCGGCGCCCUAUUUAUCAAUCCGUUGUCUUUUCCAACUGGCCAAGGAUGAAGGUCACCGUUUUCCGGAAGCCGCAAAAAUUCUUACCCGCGAUUUCUACGUGGACGACGCACUCACUGGAGCAUCAUCCAUCAAAGAAGCACGCGCGAUACGAGAGCAAUUAACAAAAUUGCUGAGCUUGGCGGGCCUAAACAUAAGGCAAUGGGCAGCCAAUCACAAGGCAAUUUUGCGGGACCUACCAGAGCAAGAUAAGAAAAGAAGCUUCGGAACAAUGCAGCGUUAA